AUGAAAAAUAAGACAAUAAAUUAAAAUUACAAAUAUGUGAUCGUCGUGUGAGUUCUGGUGUCACAGGCUCACAGCUCUCCAUCCAUUCUCAAUGCUCUCCACUCUAUGCUGUUGGGCAGAUUUAAGGGCAGACGAGCCAGCCAUCAUUAAUACAAGAAAUGAAAGUUUUGCUUGUGCUGAUAUCCACCUGUCAUCAUCAACAUUCUCUUUGCUUGGAUGAACAGCAUCCCGUUCGAUUGGGGAAACUACCAAUGCCGGUCGACUACUCGAGUUCCAGAUCUCUUCUUCCUCUGUCCUCGUGUACACCCAUGUGAAUGUGGGUGUAUUCACGAGGCCCAUUUUCCUAUCUCACCUGGUGUCUUCAACUUUUCAUCGGAUGGAUGGAGGAGCACUUGUGGAUAUGCCUGGCCGUAUUUCCCAGGCACAAAGCAUUUCAGACUUGGUGCCCCUUUGCUGGUGCUCCGCCCAUCAUGUGUGUCGUCUUAUCGCCGUUUCAAUUGACUUCUGCCUUGUUAACGUCAUUUGCCUGCUGCUACAUAUUGGGAAACGCGUAAAUGUAUACAGCAUUUGCUGCCUGGACGCCUUCAGACGGUAUAGCAUCUUGCACGUCCUUCCGUGACGCAGCGGCACAUUUUUUCACGUCACGAUGACCAAAGCCUUUUGUCUCUUCGCCAUCACGUUAUUGUUGGCCAAUGUUUUUUCGACUGACGUUCCAGCGGAUGAUGUGAACGAUGCCGUUGAACAUGGGCUGGCCCAGGUGGAGUCCAUGUUGGAGCUGGAACGCCAGUUGUUGGAAAAAGGGCUAACGGUUGACCGCGGGAGUUCGGCUCAUCUCCACUCGCUCAUGGUGGCCGCCUCUGGAUCGGAGCAACAAAAAGAAUCCGCCCUGAACGCAGCCCGAAUUCUGGCAGCUUCAACUCGUUUGAAAAACAAAUUGAACUGGAGCGCAGACGAGGCCCGACGCUCCCUACCUUUAUUAUCGUUAGAUAACACGGCCCUGAAGAAUUCCUGCCCCGAGUCUAUCACCUGUCCAUCAGCCGCCACCCUAAAGUACCGACCGAUCGACGGCUCCUGCCACAACCUUGUCCGUCCCGACUGGGGCAAAGCAAACACGCCCUUUCAACGGGCAUUGCCCAACGCCUAUGCUGACGGGGUUUUUGAACCGAGGAAUUCUUCCACCGAGCUCAAAAGUCCACGAGCCGUCAGCACUACGUUCAUCAAGCCGGGCCUAACGACUGCAGCCGAUUUCACUUUAAUGUUGAUGACAUGGGGACAAUUCAUCACGCACGAUCUCACCAAAGCUUCAUCUUUUACUUCAGCCGACGGCAAGACCCCUCAGUGUUGCAACGCUACCAGUGGCCAACCACUGAAUCCAGACCUCCUACACCCGUUUUGUUUGCCGAUCGACAUUCCGGCGGACGACGCGUUUUACAGCCAGUACGGCCAGGCUUGCAUGCAGUUCGUCCGGACUCAAAUCGGAGCCGAUUAUGCCUGCACACUUGGACACGCUGAACAGUUGAACAGCAUCACCCAUUGGCUAGACGGUUCCAUGAUCUACGGAAGCUCUUUAUCCGAGCUGAAUAAUUUGCGACUUGGACAAGGAGGGGAACUGAAGAAUUCGACCACUUCCGACGGCAUGGAAUUACUACCUCUGGCGCCUAGCUGCUCAGACGCCACUUGUUAUUACGCUGGUGACGUAAGGGCUCAGGAGAAUCCGCAGCUGGCCAUCGUUCACACUGUGAUGAUGCGAGAGCACAACCGCAUCGCCAGAGCGCUUAAACUACUCAAUCCUCUGUGGACUGAAGAGGUUCUUUUCCAGGAGACUCGGCGCAUUGUCAUUUCAGAACUACAUCACAUUACCUACACCGAGUACCUGCCUGCCAUGUUGGGCGAACAGGCCAUGAGGGACUACAACUUAAAUCCAGCCGCCGCGGAUACUUUUGCUACGUACGACGAAACAACUGCCGGAGAUCCGUCGAUUUGGAACGAAUUCGCUGCUUCAGUCUUCCGUGUUGGACAUUCCCAAGUCCAGGGAAAUUUAGUACUUUACAACGCCAGCGACGUACAGGAUCAAACUUUCACGCUGAGCAGUUACUUUUUUGACGCAUCUAAGCUGCCUGAACCGGGUUUCAUCGACAGCGCCAUCCGAGGUCUAACGAAACAAAUGCCGCUCGCCGUCAACGCCGAGUACACUUCCCAGUUGACCAAUUACCUAUUCAAAGGGUCAAAUCCCUACGGCAUGGAUCUGGUGGCACUCAAUGUCCAGCGUGGCAGGGAACACGGGAUCCCAGACUACAACACUGUCCGCGCCUUCUGCGGCUUGCCAAAAGCCAGUACCUUCGACGACCUGAUUAACGAAAUCGACCAACCGACGAUUAACAGUUUGAUGAACGCUUACAACUCUGUGGACGACAUUGACCUGUACAUUGGAUGUCUGGCAGAGUCCGCCCGUCCAGUAAACGGAUCUCUCCUUGGUCCCACUGGACUCUGCGUCGUGGCCAGGCAAUUCGCCGUCACCAAGAACAACGAUCGCUUCUUCUACGACGUUGGCUCUCAGGCUAAUUCGUUUACCUUGGUGCAAUUGAAAGAGAUCAGGAAGACGAGUUUGGCUCGCAUAUUGUGCGACAACAACAACGGCGACGUAUCGACUAUGCAGCCAAAAGCUUUCAGAGCCCCUGAUGCGGCAAGCAAUAACGGCAGAGGAGCGUGCAGUUCUAUUCCAUCGAUUAACUUAGCCGCAUGGAAGGACGCCAAAGCUUCAAACCCCAGUAAAGCUAGCAUUGCUAUUGCUGUGCCGUCGAUUCUAACCUUGAUCUUCAUAUCUUAUUUGCUGGUGUAAAAUUUUUAUUGUUACGCGCUCAAGACUAUUUACUAAGGUGAUCAACUUUAUAUUCGAAAAAUAACUUUAAUCGAUUGACAUCCCAUCUAGAAUAGACUUUGUUUUGACAACGACACUUCAUUUGAGCCAUCCAUGAGCAUGGCAUACGAAAAACCAAUAGAAUUAAGUGAAAGCAC